AAUCUUCAAGAUCCGCAUAAUGUCUACGUAACAGCUUAUAAUGAAGCUCAGAAAGUGUUUAGAAAUCCUUUUGUUUCUCUUAUUUCAAUUGAACACAUUCCGAUCUUGAGACGGCUAGCAUUUAGUAAAAUUGAUAGAUUAAAUUAUUUAUUCGAGGAUUUGAUUAAAGAAAAACGUAAAUAUUUAGCUGCUGGACAAUCUAAUGGAGAUCUUUUGGAACUUAUGUUAAAGGCUUGUGAAGAUCCUGAUAAUCCAACAAAAGCCAGAGAAGAGGUCUUAAAAAUACUUGGUGAUGAUCUAACACCAUCGGCAGAACAUCAUGCGUCAUUAAAGUAUUUAAAUAUGGUUAUUCGUGAAAAUCUUAGAUUAUAUCCUCCA